CACUCCCGCGAUGUGAUUCAACUGGUGAAAGGAUAAAGUGUUCAAACACAGAGAAAAACUCCUGCUGAAGGGACUGAUCUCCACACUGUUAUAAAGAUGGCGUUUAUUAAAGAGGAGAGUGAAGAUGUGAAGAUUGAAGAAACAUUCAGAGUCAAACAGGCAGAUCUGCAGGAACAAACAGACCUGUUGGUGCCGAAAGAAGAGACUCAUGAACUGAAUGAAACAAAAGAGAAACACCAAGACAUAACGACUGAUGAAAAACCCACACUGACUAAGAAGACUUCAAGCGGAAGACCUCAGAAAUCCAAAUCUUGUUGUAAUUUUACUUGUCAUCAGUGUGGAAACCGUUUCAGACAAAAACACAACCUUAAAGUCCACAUGAGAAUUCACACUGGAGAGAAGCCUUUCAGCUGUCAACAGUGUGGGAAGAGUUUCAGUCAAAAAUCAAGCCUUAAUGUUCACAUGAGAGUUCACACUGGAGAGAAGCCUUACACCUGUGAACAUUGUGGAAAGAGUUUUGCUAAAAUUCUUGGCUUUAACGCCCACAUGAGAAUUCACACUGGAGAGACGACGUACACAUGCCAGCAGUGUGGGAGAGGCUUCUAUCAUACAGAAAACUUGGCAGUGCACAUGAGACUUCACACUGGGGAGAAGCCUUACUCUUGCCCUCAGUGUGGAAGGAGUUUUAAGCAUAAUGGCAAACUUGAAGUCCACAUGAGAACUCACAACGUAGGAAGAAUUUUUACUUGCACACAGUGUGGGAAAAGUUUUCCUCAUAAACAAAACCUUGACAUCCACAUGAGGAUUCACACUGGAGAGAAACCUUACAUAUGCACAGAGUGCAGUAAAGGUUUCAGAUGUAUAAGCACACUCAAAUACCACAUGAUAAGUCACGCCAGAGAGAAGCCGUUUCCAUGUGAUCAGUGUGGAAAGAGCUUCACAACUAAAGCUAGCCUCAUGAACCACAUGAAUAGUCACACUGGAACCAUAGUGUUCACAUGUGAUCAGUGUGGAAUAAAACUCACACGCAAAGACACCAUUAAGCAACACAUGGAGACUCACUCAGGAGAGGAUCGUUUUAAAUGCAGUGAGUGUGGAAAGGACUUUAAACAUAAAAGAAGCCUCAGUGCUCACAUGAAGCUUCACAAUUGAGGCCUUGUCCACACAAGCAUGGGUAUAUUCAAAAUGGUAGCUUGUUCAUGUAGUUUGGCUGUUCAUUUACAUACAUGUCAAGUUACUGAAAAUAAAACCCUUUGAACACCUGAAGAUUUAAAGCAUAGAUUUGCCUCCAAUUUUGGGCUUUUGUCUGCAAUUUCACAAAACCUGUUGGCUAAUGAAACUCGGGACAAAACAAUGACAGUGACCAACUGAUGCAGACUCCCCAAAGCCCUGUUCAGACUACACAAAGUCAUUUGCCAGUUACGACAUUGUCUGUGUCAGAUUGUGAGAUUUUUGGACUAUAUAAAAUCUUGAUGUGAUGUGGGUAACAAAUGAAAAGUUUGGUAUCAAACACUACACAUUUAUUUUGAAUAAUUUGACACAAAAACUUUUUCUUGAUUG